CACUGCUGAGAGGAAAAAAGCGCGUCUCUCUCCGCAUUCACACAUCUCACCCAUCACUAUGGCCGACUCACCAGCUACCACACCCAAGGGAACAGUCAGGAGACGCGUUACCUCUCGCUCAAACAGUAAUGCUCCCCGUGGAGCUAUUCCCGGCGGUAGCACUUCAGGCAUGAUGCGCAUCUACUCAGACGACUCUCCCGGCCUUCGUGUUGAUCCUGUUGUUGUUUUGGUUUUGUCGCUCACUUUCAUAGCGUCUGUGUUUGGUCUCCAUAUCAUCGGAAAGUUCUUGCGCAAGUAGAGAGAGGUCAUCAUUUACCUUGAGUGUGGCCAAUUACACAUAAUGGCUUCCUGCCACGCCGCUUCAUCUGUCUGUAUGGCAUGACCAUUGCCACUCAAAUACAUUCUGUAAUCUUUUAUCCUUUUGAAACAAACAAAAAAAAAGCUUCUCCUGUUUCUAGUUCUAUAAAAAA